AGUUGUCAUCCCCUCAGUGGACUUCUUGAGCUGCCUGCGCUCGUGAAGGAAGGAGACAUUAACCUGGGGGGGCUCUUCUCCUUGCAUGACUCUGUGCUGGAGCCAAACCUGAGCUUUGCAUCGAAGCAAAUGCCCACAAGCUGUACUGGGUUCAGCUUCAGAACGUUCCGAUGGAUGCAAACCAUGAUUUUUGCCAUAGAAGAAAUCAACAGCCAAGGUCAUCUCCUCCCCAACAUUACCCUGGGGUACCGGAUAUACGACUCGUGCAGCACAACGUUCCAUGCUCUGCGGGCAGCCAUGGCACUAGUGAACGGGCAUGGCAGUGGCAUAGCAGGGCCCUACUGCAGCGCUGCAGUGCCUGUCAUAAUUGGCGAUGGUGGCUCCUCCCUCUCCAUGGUGGUGGCACGCUUGCUGGGUAUCCUGCAGUUGCCCCAGGUGAGCUACUUCUCCAGCUGUGAAUGUCUGAGCCACAAGGAGCAGUUCCCCACCUUCCUGAGGACCAUGCCCAGUGACCUCUUCCAGGUCGAAGCGCUGACCCUUUUGGUACGCCACUUUGGUUGGACAUGGGUGGGCACAGUUGCCGGGGAUGAUGAUUACGGUCGUCAGGGAGUCCAUAUCUUUAGCCAGGAAGUGGAGAAAUAUGGUGCAUGCGUCGCGUUUCUUGAGAUCAUCCCCAAGAGCCACUAUAUGGAGCAGAUGUCCAUCAUCGUGGAGCGCAUCCGGCUGUCUGGGGUGCGUGUGGUGCUACUCUUUGCCCUGGAGCAGGACGUGGUGGCACUCUUCCAGGCGGUGCUCAGACAGAACCUGACUGGUAUCCAGUGGCUUGCCAGCGAGGCCUGGGUCACGGCAUCGGUGCUGGCUGGCCCACAGUACCACCUCAUCCUCCAGGGUACGGUGGGCUUUGCCAUCCGCCGGGCAGACAUCCCCGGUCUGGGGCCCUUCCUGACACGCCUGCGACCUGCCACCACCCCCAGCAACCCCUACAUCACAGAGUUCUGGGAGAAGACCUUUGGGUGCACCUUUGAUGGAGUCACUCACAGUCCCGAAAGUUGGACCCGUUGCACGGGCUUGGAGCAGCUCACCAACGUGAGGAAUAUCUACACUGAUGUUACACAGCUGAGGAUUUCCUAUAAUGUGUAUAAGGCCGUGUAUGCCGUGGCUCACGCAGUGCGAGCCAUGUUCCAGUGCAACGCAGGCAGGGGCCCCUUUCCUCAGGGAGCCUGUCCCGACACGUCCAGGAUCCAGCCCUGGGAGCUCCUUUACUACAUACAGCGAAUCGAGUUCACCACAGCCUUCGAAGAGAAGAUGCGGUUUGACAAGAAUGGGGACCCUGUGGCCACCUAUGACCUGAUAAACUGGCAGAUGAGCGAUAGUGGCACCGUGCGGUUUGUCACCGUAGGCAGGUUCGAUGGCACUCUACCCCCCAACCGCAAGCUGAAGAUCAGUGACCAGGACAUCAUCUGGAAUGGGAACCAGACACAAGUCCCCCAGUCUGCAUGCAGCAGGAGCUGUCCCCCUGGUACUCGCAAGGCCAUCAAGCCUCGCCUCCCUGUUUGCUGCUUUGACUGCGUUGUCUGUGCAGUUGGGGAGGUUAGCAAUCAGACAGAUGCCGUAGAGUGUGAGAAAUGCCUUGCAGAGUUCUGGUCCAAUGAACAGAGGGACGCCUGUGUUCCGAAGCAGGUGGAGUACCUGUCCUUCCACGAUGCCAUGGGCACCACCCUUCUGGCGGUGGCGCUCCUGGGGGCCUGCUGCACCAUGGCCGUGGCAGCGGUCUUCGUCUGCUAUAGGAACACGCCCAUCGUGAGGGCCAACAACUCGGAGCUGAGCUUCCUCAUCCUGAGCGCCCUGGGCCUGUGCUUCGUGUGCGCGGUGCUGUUCAUCGGCCGGCCCACGCCCUGGUCCUGCAUGCUACGCCACACCGCUUUUAGCAUCGCCUUCGUCCUCUGCAUCUCCUGCAUCCUUGGCAAGACGGUUGUGGUCCUCAUGGCCUUCAGGGCCACUCUGCCCGGGAGCACAGUGAUGCGGUGGUUUGGCCCCUGGCAGCAGAGAGCCAGCAUCUUCCUGUGCACCCUGGUGCAGGUGCUGAUCUGUGGCGUAUGGCUGGGGAUGGCCCCACCGUUGCCACAGAGACUGUUGCCACGUGAGACCCCACACAUCCUGCUGUUGUGCAAUGUGGGUUCUGCAGUGGCCUUCUCUCUGGUCCUCGGCUACAUCGGCCUGCUGGCCGCAGUCUGCUUCCUGCUUGCCUUCUUGGCCAGGAAGCUGCCUGACAACUUCAACGAGGCCAAGUUCAUCACCUUCAGUAUGCUCAUCUUCUGCACCGUGUGGGUUGCAUUUGUACCGGCUUACAUCAGCUCCCCCGGAAAGUACUCGACAGCCACGGAAAUCUUUGCCAUCCUGGCCUCCAGUUUUGGGCUUCUAGUUUGUCUCUUCUUCCCCAAAUGCUAUAUCAUAUUGCUAAAACCAGAGAAGAAUAACAGAAAGCAUAUGAUGGUAAAAUCGACAUCAGAUAAGCAAUAUUAG